AUGCCUUUUGGUUUGUGCAAUGCAGCACAAACUUUUCAACAGCUGGCCUCCACCAACUACUCGGUGGGCGCCGUCCUUGAGCAAGACCACGGCAGGUCUCCAGCUACCACUGGAGACUGGUGCCCGGUUGCCUUCUUCAGCAAGACCAUGACUGACACUGAGCGGCGCUAUAGCGCAUUUGACAGGGAGCUACUUGCCGUGAAGCAAGCAGUGCGCAAGUUCCGACACAUUCUUAAUGGGAUCUCUCCCACCCACUUGCAUGGCCGACAGGGUUGCCUCAUCGAAAUUUCCGAGGUCUCGUCCCUGGCAGUAGACAUUGCUGCCGCGCAGGCUUUUGACCCAGAGCUAGCCGACAGCUCACGCUGGCUGCCUUACAUUGAGCGUGAUGCCAAUGCCAACGGCAGUGAGAUUCUUGUGGACACACGGUUCAGCCGACGACGCCCUCUCUUCCCAGUCAGCGUCCACAAGGCAACCUUCAAGGCCUUUCACAAACUGGCCCACGCCGGCGUUGCGGCCACCAAACGCCUGCUCGCCAACCGUCGGCCCUCUGACGCCUUCAAAGGCCUUUUCUACUUCAUCUUCAUUUUCGCCUUCAUCUACCUUUUCACAGUUGUCGACCGCUUCACCCGCUGGCCUGAGGCCAUCCCCAUGCCUGACGCCAAGGCCAGCACCUGUGCGCGAGCCUUCUCUGAGUCCUGGAUCGCCCGCUUUGGCGUGCCAUCCCUCGUCGUCAGUGAUUGGGGUGCGCAGUUGGUGUCCAAUUUGUGGCAUGAGUUGGCCAUGUACCUCGGAUAUCACGUCAAACAGACUUGCGCCUAUCAUCCUGCUGCAAAUGGCAUCGUGGAGCAAUUCCACUGCCAACUCAAGAGGUCUCUGAAAGCCCGGCUUGAAACCUGCGAUGGGAAUUGGACAGUCCUCCUGCAUGCCAUCCUUCUGGGCCUCCGCUCAGCCGUGAAGUCCGACCUCGGCUACAGCCCCGCGGAAUUAGUGUAUGACGCCCCCCUCAACCUCCCCAACGCCUACUUCCAACGUCCAACCACCUCCACCUUUGCCAACGUCGACGUUUUUGUGGACGAGUUGCGCCCCUCCGUGGGCGGUCACGUCUUCACGCCGGCCGCAUGGCACCGGGGUUCCGCUCAAGGCACAACCACUGGUGGUCCUCCUCGUCUCCUGAAGGGCAUGGACGUGGCCACGCAUGUCUGGGAGCGGGUCGACUUGGUGCGCCGGCCCCUAGAGUGCCCUUAUAGGGGCCUCUACCGUGUAGUAAGCUGGAAUGACAAGUUUUUUGUUGUGCUCAAAAACGGCGCCCAAGCCUCAAUCUCCAUGGAACGCCUCAAGCCCGCCUUUGGCCCCUUGGCCAUCCUCGACCCACCCUCAUUCCACCACCGUUAA